GUUUUUUCUAAUGGAAAGGAGAAGAGUAGUAGUAAGUGCACCUGGUAAAGUUAUCUUGUUUGGUGAACACUCCGUUGUUCACGGAAAGCUUGCAGUUGCAGCAGCUAUCGAUAAACGUCUUUUUAUUUCUUUAGAAGAGAGCAACGAAAACACAAUUGCCAUCAAGUUAGAAGGAUUUGAAAGGGAAGACAAAACAGUAGUUUUGAGUACUGCUUUGUUGUUGUCUUUUUCGGAGAAACUAUUCGAAAAUCUAGUUGCGAUCGAGUGGAGGAUGAAAGACACUUCUAACGAUCUUUCACAGCCUCCUUCUUUUCUCUCUUCUUCUUUUCAAGAUUUUCUUGCACAGCAAGGGAAUGUGGACUCUUGGAUGAAAAAUGUUGAGCAGUAUUUGGAGAGUCAUUCUUCCUAUCUAUCUGCGAGUAGCGCUAUUCGUUCGGCUGUAUUUCUUUUUGUCGUUUGUUAUUUAAUCAUAUUGGUUUACCCAAGGCAAACAGAGAGUACAAGGGGAUUAUUGGUGACUGUGCAAUCACAGAUUCCUGUGGGUGCUGGUCUCGGAUCUUCGGCAUCCUUUUCUGUGGCUCUUAUCACAUCUCUUUUAGUAUUAGCUGGUGAUAUUCAGUUACAACAAUUAUCGGAGGAUAUUUCUGGGACCCUAAAAGAGAGCAUCAAUCGUUGGGCUUUUCUUUGUGAAACAUUUUUGCAUGGAACUCCAUCAGGUAUGGAUAAUACAAUUGCAACAUUUGGAGGCUUCCUUAGUUAUCGGAAUGGGAAGAAAGAAACCUUUCAAGUACAUUCCGAUAUUCUUCGUUUCAUUGUUGUCGACUCUGGUGUGCCUCGAAGCACUCAAAAGAUGGUAUCCAAAGUAUAUCAGAGAUAUCAAGAAUUUCCAGAAAUUGUGUCUCCUAUUUUGAUUAGUAUGGAUGAAAUUGCUAUUCGGUUUAUUCAAUCUGCAGUAUCUAAUCUUGUUGGGGACAGUUUUUCUCAACAACUUGCCACACUAAUGAAAAUCAAUCAUUAUCUUCUCAAUGCUCUUGGUGUAGGUCAUCCACUGUUGGAAGAUAUAAUUUCCAUUGCCCAAGAAUUAGGAUUUGAAGGUGCUAAACUAACUGGAGCUGGAGGCGGAGGUUGUGCUAUUAUCCUCGUUGACUCUGGAAAAUCAAUUGAACAUGUCGAUACAUUGUUGAAUACUUUACAAUCCACUCCUCAUGGCUAUCGUUGUUUCGAAAUAGUAUUAGGAGGAAGUGGUGUGCAAAUACAUCAUCAAACGAAUUGAUUAGUUGUGAUAGGAAAUGAAUGUUUGUCAAAUCUUACAAAGUAAAUAAUCUCGUUCAACG